UGGGCGCGCACCGGGCGAACCGGAAGGAGAGCCCAGCAGCCGGCGUUCGCACCGGACGCCGGAAGUCUCUGAGCCUGGCGGCGUCCGAGCUGAAGCUUUCCCGGCUUUCCAAUUGCCCAAGGUCAGGCUCCGCCAGCGCUCGAAGGGGAGGGUUGUGGUUUGCAGAAGAUGCUAGGGUAGUAAUCUUCAGUAGCCAAGAUGUCUUCAGCACCUGAUCCUCCAACAGUUAAAAAAGAACCGUUAAAAGAGAAAAACUUUGAAAGCCCAGGCCUCCGAGGGACGCACACAACCACCUUAUUUCGAGCUGUGAAUCCCGAGCUCUUCAUUAAACCCAACAAACCUGUGAUGGCUUUUGGAUUGGUAACCCUUUCACUUUGUGUGGCUUACAUUGGUUAUCUGCAUGCAACUCAAGAGAACAGAAAGGACCUCUAUGAAGCCAUUGACAGUGAAGGGCAUCGGUACAUGAGGAGAAAAACAUCCAAGUGGGACUAACUGCUGCUUCCUUCAGGUGGAGUGUUAUUAUAGACUCCGACACCUUUGAAAGAAAGACUGUUAGUGCACAGAAUUGUUUCUUGUUCCAUAAUAUGUUAACAAGGGAGAAUAUAAAAUCGAAAGUAGUCCACUGUGCUGAGUUUAGUCUCAUUCCAGCUGAAGGUAUUAAAUUCUGUAUAAUAAAAGUACCCAGUACUGUUACAUUUGCAUGGAGUUUCUAAUGUUUUAAAGUGGAUUGUGCCUUUGCAGCAAUGCUUUACUGUUUAGUAGAGAAGACAACCCCUUCAGUUACUAAAAUCAUAAUUAAAUGAAAGAAUAAAA